AGCGGAAAUGUACUUUUAUGAUUUGUUUCUUAUUGACCAUGCUGCAAGCAGGCAUGAUGGCUUACUCACCAAAAAACAAAGCCGAUUUUCAAAACUCACAGUGCAAUAAUUAGCAUCCCAUACAUCUAGUUAUUCUUCCACUGAACCGUGCAGAGGAAUUUACAGCUUAGCACUCGUGUUCUUGAUUCUUAAAUCCGUUUACGAAGCAAUACGUAACCCUGAAUAUCGUGGAAAAUGUUUAAGAAAGGAUUUAUUUUCUGGUUUUUAGAUACUGACUCCAUAAGAAAUACAACUAUUGUCGCACAUUACGUGAAAACAACUGUAGUGGAACCCUACGAAUUGCUAGUACUGUAGGUAUCAAGCCCCUGGUUAACUUCAGUGAAAAAUCUUCCGUUCCGCUGAAACAAACUACUGCACUGUAUAGUUAACCACGGGAAAAAACAUAAGCCUUACACGCAGGCAUUACUUGUACAUGGAAAAGCAUGGAUUGUUAUCGGCAUUUUUUAUAGUAUUACAAGAUUAGAUUAAAAGUAUUAAUCCUUCAAUCAACACCUUGGAACACAACGCGUAACUGCAAGUACCACAGUCUGUAGCAACCUUGAAAGACAAGAUUAUAAUAAUUUCGUAAGAUGGAUAACGUUUAUAACUGAGAGAGCUGAGGAUGUUGCGUCUGCGUUGCAAGGCUAAGAAUGGGACUCACCUGAUGCAGGGCCUCACUCAGCUGUCCUGUGUGCAGGAGCUGAAGGACAGGGUGGCCGAGCUGACAGGCAUUCCCUGCGAGGUGCAGAAGAUCAUGGUAGGAUACCCUCCGUCUAGCCUGGACCUCAGCAAUGGAGACGCCCACCUCAAAGACUACCCAAUCAAGUCAGGAGACACCCUGAUUGUGGAAGAAGAGAAGAGCAAGCCGAAGCCCCAGCCUUCUGCCUCAGUGACGAAAGGCGGCGCGAUGGAUGGGCUGCAGAAGGAGUUGAGCCCUGUGCUGGCAAGGCGCGUGGUUCCUGCAGACAACUCCUGCCUCUUCACCAGUGUCUUCUACGUCAUAGAGGGGGGCGUCUACGACCCGUCCUGCGCUCCAGAGAUGCGGGGUCUCAUAGCGCAAAUUGUGGCCAGCGACCCGGCCUCGUACUCGGAGGCGGUCUUGGGGAAGUCGAACGAGGACUACUGCAGCUGGAUCAGGAGGGAUGACACCUGGGGCGGCGCCAUCGAGGUGUCCAUCCUAUCCAAGUUCUACAAGUGCGAGAUCUGUGUGGUGGACACGCAGACAGUGCGGGUGGACCGUUUCGGGGAGGACGCCGGCUACAACAGGAGGGUCUUGCUCAUUUACGACGGGAUCCACUACGACCCCCUCCAGAAGGAAAUCUCCGGCUCGGACACGCCACCCCAGACCAUCUUCUCCACGGCGGACGACAUUAUCCUGGCCCAGGCUCUGGAGCUGGCGGAUGAGGCGAGGAGGAAGCGGCAGUUCACCGACGUCAACCGCUUCUCGCUGCGGUGCAUGGUGUGUCAGACCGGCCUGGUGGGACAGGCAGAGGCUCGGGAGCAUGCCAAGGAAACGGGACAUACCAACUUCGGGGAGGUGUGAGUCACGCUUGCUCGCGCUCUCUCCCUGUCCCCGAGGUGCAUUCUUCUACCUCACUACCCUAGCAUAGUUCUUGGGUCCUUGUGGACAUACUGUACCAAGAUCCGUUAGUCCAGUAGUCAGUGUUACAUUCAACUAAAGUGAACUAAGCUAAAAACCAACAUGGCUGCUUUGCUAGGGCUUGAAUCUAGUUGAUUUUGUUUUUUUCAGGUCACGGUUAUUAUUGUAUGUGCUGCAGAUCAUAUUAUCCUGCUUGCGUAACAAGGUGCAUCUGUUGCUAAGCCCACAAGACUUUGAUAUUGAAACCAAAAUCCUGAGGUGAGACAUGUGCCUCUAGUCUCUUAUUCCUACAAAAGUGCAAUAGCACCACUGCAGCACCCUUUUUGGUUUCAUCCUAUUUUUCAUGAAGAUUUAGUUUUCCGUUUUAAAGGACCCUCUUGUUAUCUAUCUGGUGUAUGGCCGUUUAAAUUUUGAAACUUGAGGCUUUGGCGCUGAACAGUUGAACAGCGUGUUUUAUUUAAAAAAAGGAUGUUAACCCCAGGCAUUUGAAAACAAUGUCAGAAUUGUAUUUUUUGACUUUGUGCCUCAGUACCUGGGCAUUAUAACUAAGUAUUAGAUCAAACAUUUAUGAAACACAUCAGCUUAUAUAGGGAAGAUUGCAGUUCUGAAAAAUAUCAUAGUAUUAAAUAUUGUUCCAUCUGCUCACUCAGAAGCUUAAACUUUUCUGUUUUAAUGUUAGAAUUAUAGAGAAUUUGCCAUGCAUCAAAACUGCCAAAAUGAAUGUGUCUGAAACUAUCAAAACACUUAAAAAAUCUGCAGAGUACGAUUUCCUUUGCAGUAAGAGUUUCCUUCUUGAAAUGUAUGGUUUAUUUAAAGUGAGAGCAUUUAACUGAGUUCUUUCUCUUACAGACUGAGUUCUAUAUUUAACUACUUUUGCAACUAAAUCCUAUUAUAGGUCAUGAUAUCAUGCAGGAAAGGCAAUUUAUAACAUUAAAAGUGGCCUUGAAGUAUUAAUUUUGCCCAUUAAAUUACCAACAACUUUAUUCUUUCAGGAGACAGGAGAGUCGACUCCUAAUUCUAGAGGGCUGGAGAAUUUGCAAGGUUUCUAUGUCCUUAUAAAAAGAGCUGAGCAGUUGUUAUGUUGGUUCAAUUAAGCUAAUAUAAUAGCAAACUUAUUUACAUUAAGGGCUGUGUCUGAAACCUUGCACAUAUGCCACUCCACGAACCAUUUCUGAAUUUCAAAAAUAAGCAUACAUUAUGACAUAUAACCUGUUGCUUAUAUAAAACCCAUUUUUCCCUUUUUAUUGAAUUGUACAGUUUUAGGCAGAUAAUGUAAGAAUGCUUAUCACAUUACCAUUGCGAUUUUGAAGACAAAGCUGCAUGGGUUUUCUUAUCUGCUACUGAAAGAGUUUCAGAUUUUAGGUAGACAAGCAUGCAAUAUACAGCAUUGUGUUUGGAUUUGGUGCUAUUAAAAAUCUUAGUUUAGAAAUCUACAGUUGUGGCUUAUUCAACAAAGCAUUAAAAUAGUUGGAUUUUCUAUGAACUGAGAGGAGUGAUAGAUGUAGAGUUUCUGUGCUUCUUGACAUGUUAAAAGUUUACAUACAUAGAUGACGCUCUGAAACAGAGUUGGGUACUGUAUAUGAGCUUUUCCUUAUGCAGAGUUCUCAAAGUCUUUCACUGAACAUUUUGCACUGUAAUUAGAAAAUACAGAGAGAAAUUAAAGACUCUCGAUGAACAUUGAGCCAGUGAGCCAUGUGUAGGUUACCCAUAUUCAGACACUUGAAUAUAAACUGAUCUGUGUUGACUGCCAGAAGGCACAAAUGUCGUUCAAAAGAGGGCAGGAGAACGUAUGGUUAGGUUUUUCAUUUGUCAUUGUUACUGUGGUGUAUCUUAGUAACUGUAGCCAGAGAUCUGAUUAGAUCCAAUUGCAUUGUCUCCCAUAGAAAAAUAAUUGGGGGAGGGGAGUUAAAUACCAGAAACAUUGCAUUUGGUAUUUUAUGAGAUCGACUGACGGGAUGAUAACUUUUUCUAUUGCAUUCAAGGCACUGAGUCGGCUUAAUUCUUCUGUGCUUAUAUUUCAGGGAUACACCAUCUCCAAAAUUAUAUAUGAUUUUAAAUCUCUAAUUUUGUUACAGGGCCUCCUGACCUGUAUUGAACUUUUUAUUGUUAUGGAACUGUGUGGUCAGAUUUUAAUCUUACGGAUCCCCUUCAGGUCUAAAAUAAAACUUUUAAAAGAU